AUGAACAAAACGAUGCAAGCAUUAACUAAAGCAAUGUCUGUGCUGACCGAAACUACCAAUGGCCACGGUGGUGCAGUUGUCAGACGCAACGGGAAUAUCAUGAGUCAAAGUGGAAUCAAUUUGACUGACAACGAAGCUGUCCUGAUCGCAGACAAAAUGUUCAACAACGAUUUCGAGUAUUUCCAGAUGAAUGGCGUGACCAUUGGGAAUCACAAAUAUGCAGUUACCAAUUCCGACAAAGAGGAAGGUGUAGUUACAGCAAUGAAAGGCAACAGUGGAAUUAAUAUAGUCAAAGGAAAGAACACCAUAGUUAUUGGUUACUAUAACAAUACUGCAAAGCCUGUCACUGCUGGUCAAAAUCACAUUGCAACUUACUCGCUGAAGACUAUUAUCAACAAUGGAGAGCUUCCAAAAGAAAUUCCGUUUUCUGUACCAUCUGUUUUUAGAAAGGAGUUUUCUGCACUGAAGAGAAAGGGAGAAAUCAGUUGGGAUGACUUGGUGAAGUUACUUGUUGGACCAACGAAGGGACAUGGUGGGGCAAUUUUACGAAGUGACGGACAAUUACUUGGACAAGAUGGAAUAAAAAUGACUGAAGAAGAAGCGAAAGCACUUGCAGAGGUGUUUAAAGAGAACAAUUAUACCCUUCUGAGAGAAAACGGAAUCAAAGUCAAUGGCAAGAAAUUCCCAGUGACCAAUUCAGAUGACAACGAAGGCGUUUUUACUGCUAUGAAGAAGAAUGAAGGGAUCAAUGUUGUUAAAGGAAACAAUAUCAUUGUUGUUGGGUACUUCACCAUGAAAACGUCAAGAGUGUUACCUACUGAUAAUCACCUCACAACAUACAAACUUGCCAAAGAACUUGAGAAAUACACUAUUGAGGAAGAGAAAAAGUUAACUGUGGUCUCAAAUAACGUUGUGGAGAAAUUUGAGAAAGAAGAAGUUAAAGAAGUCAAGCAAUUUGAUUACAAAGGCGGGUUUGAAGCAAUCAAGUCGGAAGGAAAAGGUCAUGGAGUAGCCGUGUUGACUCAUUCUGGAGCAAUUGUUGAUCAAGAAGGCCUCAAUCUCAAUCAAGAAGAAGCAACUCUUAUCAGCCAGAAAGUAAUUGGAGGUGAGGUGGACUAUUUCCAGAUGAACGGAGUGACCAUUGGGAAUCACAAAUAUGCAGUGACCAAUUCCGACAAAGAGGAAGGUGUAGUUACAGCAAUGAAAGGCAACAGUGGAAUUAAUAUAGUCAAAGGAAAGAAUACUAUAGUCAUUGGUUACUAUAACAAUACUUCAAAGCCGGUCACUGCUGGCCAAAAUCACAUUGCAACUUACUCGCUGAAGACCUUAAUUAAUGAUGGAAAUCUUCCACAAGAUAACAAAGUUGUGAUGCCGUCAAUAUUCCACAAAGAGUUACAGAAAAUUGAGAAUGGCAAAUUGAGUUGGGCUGACAUGUCAAAGUUGCUUACUCUGCCGUCAUGUGGGGAUGGUGGAAUUAUUUUGAAGUCUGAUGGUGCGAUUUUGAGUCAAGAAGGAAUUCACAUUUCAGUUGAAGAAGCGAAGACCAUAGCAGACACUUUUAAUGAGCAAAAGGUUUCUUCAAUGUGUUCCAAUGGUGUGAUGGUUGAUGGUAAAAAGUUCUCAGUGACCAAUUCCGAUUCCAUAGAUGGGAUGGUAACUGCAGUGAGAGAUAACGAGGGUAUCAAUAUCAUCAGAGGACAGAACGUUGUUGUCAUUGGGUAUUACAAGAAAGCAGACCCAAUUUUACCUGCCAAGAACCUUAAGGCAGCAUUCUCUGCGUUGUCCUUGGUUGACGACAUAGAGGAUGAUGACGCCCAAGUGGCGUGA